AAUGUUUGUUCUGUUCUCAUUCUUAAACUCUAGCUUUGAUCCAACCUCGGUUUAUUGCUUCUUGACUGUGUUCAGCCCUUUCCUGAUGGGCGGCUUGCUAUUAUGGAAGAUUGCAAUCCCCUUUGUUCUCGUGUCAUGUGCUUUUGAAGCUAUUCAAGUCACAACCCAGUUAUCGUCUAAAAGGCUUUUUCUUAUUGUUCUUGUGAUUUCAGACAUUAUGGCUCUGCACUUCUUCUUUCUGGUUAAAGAUUAUGGAAGCUGGCUAGACAUUGGAACAAGUAUUAGCCAUUAUGUCAUUGUGAUGUCCUUCACUAUUUUCCUGAUGCUUUUAAGUGGAGUGGCCCAGCUGCUCACUACAAAGAGACUGGAGCUUUGGGAAACAACUAAGCGCCAUUCAUUGUGACAAAUUACUGAAGGGCUCAUAUUGAUAGAGUCUUCAUUCUUCCAAGGGACAGACAGAAUUAUGAAAUUGGCUGCUAAAGACUCCUGAAGAAUGUGAAGCAACUUGUGAUCUUUUUUUUAUGGAAUUAAAUUUUGUUUCCUUAUUUUCCUUCAAAGGAAAUUCCUGCCUCAAACUGAACAACUACUGCAUACUAUCUGCCUUAUUGUUAAGGAUAAAUGCUGUGCUUGUGUUUGCAAAUAGGAUUCAAAAGGAUGCUGGGGAGAGAAACUUUGUUUUAUACGUUUCUUUAGAAGACAAGGAAUCAGUUUCAAGACCUGCUAACAAGCUAAACAUUGUGUCCACUCUCACUCCCAAGCCAUGUUUUGGAGCAAGCAAUAUAUACAGUAGAAAAGAUAAGUCUGUGCUGUGAUAUGUGGCAGACUAUUUUUCACUUCUGAGAUUCAGAUCAAGUUUAGAGAUGUACAUAUAUUGGAAUGAGAUUAGAACUUUAAUAGUACUUAGUGUGUGUGAAUGGAAUUUCCAUUUAAAAAUGCAGAUUAAUUAUAUCUGUUUGCUGCUGCUGUUUGUUUCUCUUUUAUAUGACAUACAAAAACAGUUCUCAUCACACACUGAGGCAACAAAGUCUGUCCUAUUUGCAUCUCACAAUUGCCCUGAUUUACUCAAGGCCACUGUAAGGAACUGUCUGAGCAAAUAUUGAAAACCAGCCCUACCUGUUCAGACUCUAUUUGUUACCAUCAAACAAGCUGUACAGCUACAGAGGACGAAAACCAGCUAAACCAAGUAUUUAAUAUACCAGUUGGUUGCUCAAGCUGUGUAGUUGAUCACUAGGGCAAGGAGUUAUCUUUUAUAACAAAUGUUUUCAAUAGUAGCUGCUCAGUUAAAACCUCAGCUCUCAUACAAAGGUCAGUUGGAGAAGAGCUGUGUGAGGUAUCUUACAUCCAACAUUCCUGAACUUGAGCUGAAUUUGUUUCUCUUUCAGUAUAGCUUAGCCUUUGCCAGUGUGGUGCCUUCUUGAAUAAUUUGAAGCAUUCUUCAAGAAUACUCACAAUUCUGACUGGAAGAUGCUUUCUAUGCUCUCUGACAGAGGCUUUGUCAUGGUCUUUCCAAUCAUAGUUGUCCUGAUUCUUUUAAUUCAAGGUAUCGAAUUACAUACCUUGAAUUAAGGGUCUUCUUGAAUUGCGGGUCUUCUGCAGGGAAAGCAUGCAGUAUACCAUUGAGCUACAGUUUGUUCAGUCUGAAAUCGACCAUUCUCUACAAUUAUACAUCUGAGCUAAAAGCUCCAGGGCAAUACAACACAAAUGCUGGAAGAAUGGACUUGCAAGUGCAUAUCGCCCAUGAAAGCCAUCAUUAUGCAGUCUUCUAAUUAGUCAUUGCAAAUAAUGGUGUUCAUUAGAAAUUGCUCUGUGGCAUAGGAGCCUGCCAGAAUUAUAAGGAAUUGUAGCGAAUCCAUGAAACAUGCAUACCAUGGUGGCUGUCAGAACUGGAAUGUAUCAGCAACCUGUUCAUCCUGAAAAUUGCUGUAGCUCUCCAGCCCCUUGGCUCUAUGUCAGUAAAACUAGAAUCCAGCCAUCCCAGUAGGAAUAUCCGUGUGAUAGUAGACAUAAGCAUUGACUUGUUACUGCUACUUUGAUUAAGAGCUGGAGAAACUGCCCUAAUGGAACAAAAAUGUCAUUUCAAAAAAAGGAAAAAAAGUCACAGCUUAAAAAACACAAUGCAAAUAAAUACCAUGCCAAUGUUUUUUGCCAAAAUAAAUAAUUUGGAUUUAAAAAAAAA